AUGGCUACUGCUCAACUCCCAGUUUCUCUUACCAACACCUCCGAGGUUGGGGAAGCUGUGAGCCAGCGCGACUCUGCCUCAACAAUUCGCUCCUUUGACGCUGAGAGCGAGGUCCUCUCGCCUUCUUCUUCUAGGGCCACUACUAUCGCGGAUGAGGCUGUCAAUGAUCAGGCAAUCUAUGCCCAUAUGUCUGGUAUCCAGCUUGCCGCCGCCCCUCAGGCUUCCGUGGUUGUCAAUGGGGUUCAGUAUGCCACUGGUGAGAUCCGUACCAUGAUGGACACGGUCGUCCGGGCUCGUAGCACUCACGAGCUCCCGCCCACCAAGGCAAUGACUCUUGAUGCUAGCGUCAUUGUUCAGGAUUAUGGGUUCCUCAAUCAACUCCGUGCCGCUCGAGGCGACCCUGCGGUUCCGCCCUCUCAGGAGUACAUCAACCUCCGAGUCGAGGUUGCUCGACAGGUUAAGGAGCGCGAUGACAGCCUCAACGAUGCCAAUAAUCUUCGUGCUGCCCGUGAGCGUGUUGACAACUAUCUUCAUGUUGCCAACAUUGAGCGUCGUUAUUUCCAGGCUGCUCAAGGCCUUGCUCAGCGCCGUGGCGUCCAGCUCUCGUCCCAGGCUGACAUGGAUGCUAUCACAGACGAGAUCAUCGGCGUUGUUGAAAACGCUGUUGAGACUUCUGUUGUUGAUGCGACUGGCCCAAUUCGUAUCAAUGCUAAUCGGUUGGCCACUACCGCCAACAAUCUUGAUUCGACCGCUGGGUCUCUCGAUUCGACCGCUGGGUCUCUCGAUUCGACCGCUGGGUCUCUCGAUUCGACCGCUGGGUCUCUUAAUUCGGCCGCCGGGUCCCUUGACUCAACUGCUCGAUCUGUUGAAUCCAUUGCCAAGCUCCUUAUCACGGCUAUCGGGCUCCUUGCUGCCCAGACCAACACCACUUCGGCUCAGAUUCAGGGCCUCUCGAACCUGACCGUCGCUCACCAAAUGGGCGGACCUGCUUCUAACAACCAAGCUCGCGGAGCAGUCGACCCCGCGCUCGCUCAGGCUUUGUACAAUGCCCUGAACGCUCUCCACCGAGAGAACAACCGCAAGAGGGGCAUCCGCGGCUUCUUCCGUUCCAUCUUCAAGUUCUAA